CCCCGAGUGACCCUGGCGUUGACAGGCGGAGGCGGCAUCAGCUGCGUGCUGCAGGACGGCGAGGUCUUCGAGAAGGCGGGUGUGAACGUGUCGGUCGUGUUCGGGCUCCUGUCCGAGGAGGCAGCGCGGCAGAUGCGGAGCAGGGGGAAGGCUCUGAAGGCCAAAGACGGGAAACUGCCUUUUUGCGCCAUGGGUGUGAGCUCUGUUAUCCAUCCAAAGAACCCUCAUGUUCCAACCAUGCACUUCAACUACAGAUACUUUGAAAUUGAAGAAGCAGAUGGAACUAAACAGUGGUGGUUUGGUGGUGGGACUGACCUCACUCCAACUUACCUGAAUGAAGAGGAUGCUGUUCAUUUUCACAAGACUCUGAAAGAAGCCUGUGACAAGCAUGAUUUGAAGCUGUAUCCCAAGUACAAGAAAUGGUGUGAUGACUACUUCUAUAUCAAGCACCGUGGCGAGCGAAGAGGGAUUGGAGGCAUAUUCUUUGACGAUGUGGACUCUCCCUCCAAGGAGGAAGUAUUCCAGUUUGUGAAGAGUUGUGCCAAAGCUGUUGUGCCUUGCUACAUUCCCAUUGUGAAAAGGCACUGCCAUGACUCCUUCACACCAGAGGAAAAGCUGUGGCAGCAGCUUCGGAGAGGACGGUACGUGGAGUUCAACUUGGUUUAUGACAGAGGUACAAAGUUUGGCCUCCUGACACCAGGAUCAAGAAUUGAGAGCAUUCUUAUGUCUCUGCCACUGACUGCAAGGUGGGAGUACAUGCACACCCCUCCAGAGAGCUCGAAAGAGGCAGAAAUCCUGGAGGUUCUGCGCAAUCCCAAAGACUGGGUGCACUGACAUGGAUCGUGAACAAGAUAAAUUGCUUACACUGAGCCAUUAUGAAAGAACAGGAACGCGUGCAAAGCAGCUCAUUCAAACUGCUGUUGCAUGGCACUUUAGUAUAGCUAUUUAUAAUUUUACCUGGUGCCUUAAUAAUGCUGUAGACUUGUUGUAACUUGCAAAUAUGUGAACUCAUUCUUUAAGAUUGAUCAGCCAAUGUCAUCACCCCCUUGUUGAUGUUGCCUUGUGAGGUACUGGCAAUACUCUCACAGGACUACUGUGCAUGCUUAAGAACUUCCAUAACUGAUUUGUUUGACUGCAAAAUGAUAAACUACUGUGAAAUGUUCUCCUAGUGGAAUGAAAGCAUUAUCUGUGCCUAAAUAGCACUGCUUACUCCUAGAAAAUGUUGGGAUGUUUUAGAAAUAUUUUUUUAAAGAAUAAAUGGGAAUAUUUGAUAUGAUUUCAAA